CUCUCAGUGUCCAAAGGAUAUAUCCACAGACAUGUUUGCCCGUCUUUGUAGGCACUUUGGGAGAGUUGAUGUUGAUAGAGAAGAGUCUAGAGUGAAGCAAACGAAACCUAAAGAGGCCUGCAGACAGACGUCAUCCCCUGAAAAUGUCCUAAACAAGGUGCAGGCCAACGAGGAAGAGGAGAGGCUGAAUAGAGAACUGGAGCUAACUACCAAGGAGAGAAAUGAGCUGACAGAUCGCCUCCUUUAUGUGACAGGUGGAUCCAUGAGCAAGAGCCCCUACUUCAGGCCAAAUCCAUUUUAUGAAAACUUGAAGAUAAAGGAGAAAGAGGUCAUUUCAUUACUGCACAACUUAGACACAAAGAACAUUGAACAUCGUGAGAAAUUUCAGGAGCUCAAGAAGGAGAUUAACUUCUAUCGCAACCUGCACAGCCGGCUCCUGAUGGACCAGGCAUGUAUGAAGAAGAAGUUGGUCACAUUGAAGCAGGAGAGCAAGGAGUUACAGCGAUAUUUGUUUGAGUUGAACCCGAAGGAUGAAGACGAACAGGAGAAGACCAGCAACCUCCAGACCCAGCAAAAUGUGGUCUCAGAAACUGCAGGAGACAUGGCAUAGGACGGAUCCCAGGAAGACAGCCCCCUGAGGAAUGAGUUUCUCUCUCAGGAGUUCCCUGUGACGACAAUCCUCACAGUCAAAGACUUUUUGGGGGAAUAUUCUUCUUCUCAGAUAAUUUCCUCAAUGUAUAGAGACCCUAAAUUUAUGUAUCCGUAUGCCAGCCUGUCUCAUUGAGGUCUUUCUCCUUUCUCAUACGGACAACACCAUUUGAGAGACAACUGAGGGGACUGCCUUGACAUCUCACGUCCUAGAGGAGAAACAGCACUACAACUGUGUUUCUAAAUGUUCAUUAAGAAAAUGCUGUUAAGAAAUGUUUUUGGUUAUGAUUUUCAUUGAAGUUUUCUUUUUGUUAUUUCAUAGUUAUAUAUUCUUGUUACUGUUUUUCAUUUUUUAUACAAUUUUAGUUGUUCAUUUUAUGCCUGUUUUUUGUAAAUUGUAUUCCUUAUGAAUAAAAAUUGAUUUGUAA